AUGUCCACCGGGUCGUUAUAUGUUGGGAAGGCGGCAGGGACAAUGGCUGAGAAGGAGGCCUUCGCAAAGUUAUUUGGAAUUCUAGAAGUAAUACGUCGGGGCGGCAUUUUGGCCUUUGCCGACCCCCAGGUGGCUGAAAUGCAUCGACAUAGUGAGACACUUGCCGCCUUGGCAAUACCGCCGUUUAGCACAACUGUGGGGGAGCUACUUGUGCGGAAAGUGUUUGAGGCCUUCGCGAACAGUAGCCUUGUGGAGUACCAACGAAAUAUGUGUGAUGGGCAUGAGAUUUUGGCGUUGCAGUCGCUACACAAGGCAUACAGUCAAACCUUGCUGCUCCUAAAGAAAUGGUGCAAGAAACUACGCGCGACGGAGUUUGUUUCGGGCUUCACCGUGUCACUGCGUUGCCAUCUGUUGCAACCUGAUCUUCUCACAGGCGAGAAUCCCCCUGGAAAAGAGGUACUGUUACAGUUUCUUCGUCGCCACGGACGUAAGGUGCUUGGUGACGUUGAGGGAAUGGAGGGGCGUGUCACUCUCAUGCGUGGGAGUCAGGGAUACUGUGACAGAGUUCUGGAGUAUCUGCAUGACCUUACGCUAUCAUCAACACCGGACAUCAAGGCGCUGUGGAAAUCUGUCUUGGUUGAAUGCACACGUGAACGUAUUGAGUUGCUUGACGACGAUCUAACCGUUCGUCAGAUAAGAUCUUGCAUGCAAUGGAAAGACAGUGUUGUGGACACCUUUGUUCGAAUGGCGUUAUCUCCAGACCCCAACAACUCGGAUGGACGCACAGAGGUGAAUCGGUGGUGCGAAGAGCUAGAGCAGCUCCUCCUUGUUAGUUACGGUCGCAAGCGGAUCGCAAGUCUUUGGGAUGUGGUGAUGGUGUAUCCUAGCUCAACCCCGACCCUAAAGGAUCUGCGCGUGUGUCUCCGGCGGUGCGCUGACGACACUCUUCAGAACGAAUUAGUACAAACAGCGAAGCAGAUGUUGGCAUCACAGCUUCAUCGAGCUGGCACACGCACGGAUGAAAUUCUCACUACUCUGAUUGGCACCAUACAUUCCCUGUGUGUCUUAUUUUCCAAGAAUGAUCAGGGUUCUGUGAUAUUCACCAUUGUUGAUGACACACUUGAGCACCUCAAAAAACGAAAGGAUUGCGUCUCUGCUGUGGUGCAAGCAAUUACGCAACCGAGUGCGGAUUCUGUUUUAAAUGUGAGUAUGCAGAACUUUUCACCAGACAGUUUUAGUUCGGCUUCCACUGGUGGUGAUGAGGGAAGUGACGAUGACUUGUCGCCCGGUACUAGCCAAUCGUCCUUGUCUAUGCAUGAACGGCCUGAUGUGCUGCGCGUAUUGCUGUCUGCGAUUAGUGUCACCUCACUUGUGGAGGAGUACAUGAAGUUGCUGGCCUCCCAGUUGUUGGGGAAGGAAAUGCACAAUUUUGAUACCACGGCGGAAGAAGAAGUGUUAGAGCGUCUAAAGUGCGCGUUCGGUGAAGAUGUGCUGGCGCCCUGCGUCGUGAUGAUCCGCGACAUUCAGGCAUCGCGUCGCUAUACGCUUCACAUGAAAGAGGCACACCGAGAGGAUGCCGCGGAGGCGGCAACCCAACAGCGAGGGAGGCAAUGGCCGUUGAGUCUCAACAUUCUCUCCACCACGUCAUGGCCAAAGUUGUCUGUGUGUCUUCCCGCAGGUGAGACGCAGCCUGUGCCGGAGCGGUACAAUCCCCACCCAUUAUUGACUUCCACCAUGCAGGAUGUCGCAGAGGAAUACAAGCGCACGAAGGUGAAUCAGCGUCUUGAGUGGAUUCUCUCUCAGGGGUGUGUCAGCCUGGAGCUCACGCAAAAGGACACUUCCACGAAUGCGAUGGUUGCAGCGACAUACGAGCUCUCGCUAUUUUCCGCGUCGCUUGUAUUAUACGUUCGUGACAUCUCGGCGGAGCGCGGCUCCCCUGCCCUCCUGACGACUGUAGCAGAACGCAUGGGAGUAAAACCGCAUGUGCUGCAGCAGCGUGUAUCGCACCUUUUUCCAUCGCUUCUUGUUUCUACCGACGGGAGCAGGAGUUUGUCCUUGCAGACAAAUUACGUGUCGACGUCAAACUUUACCUUUGAUGUGGCAGAAGAAAGUGAGGGGCAGCCCGCAGGUCUAUCGCAGGAUCAAGUAAACAUAUUGCGUUCAAUGAUGACAGCGAUGCUAAAGGCGCGGGGCGCAUGCGGGGUGAACGAUAUCUUCAACAGUAUGAAAAUGCUUGGUCAAUUCCCUGGAACACUUGAUGACAUGAAGAAACUCCUGCGUAUGUUUGUGACGCAGGGACAAUUGAAGCUUAAUGAGGCUGAACUUUUCACAUUACCGACUAGCUGA